AUAAUACAAAGGAGAUAAUUCCGAUGUCUCAAAUCACUGAAGCCCUUUGAUUUAGUACAAUAUAUAUUAUGUGAUCAUUUAUAGUCUUAACAUCAAGCCCGGAGACAGUUCGUCGGACUUUUUACUGCACGGCAAUACUGAAAACGGGCGUAUCAUAUAUAUUAUGAAAUGUAUAGGAUUUAUGUUUAUAAAGUAUUGUUGUUAUAAUAUGUUACAAUAUAUUUUAUGUUCGUGAAUCGUAUCCGAUAUAGCCCGUCGGGGUCGCUUUAAUAAAAUAUUAUGCCUUUACGGUGGUUGGAAAAAAAAUAUAGGUAUAUUUUAUACACUAUUAAAGUAUUAAACUAUGGGAGACGGUCGUCGUGUCGUGUGCCAUCGCCUAUGAUGUGUAUAUAGGACGCAGUUGUGGCGGGGAAAGAAGAAGUCGUCGGCGAUUGCUGCUGCCAUACCACUCCAUUCCACGCGGAAGCGUUUCUCGCAGCGUGACGUCACAACGCCGCCGCCGCCACCACAGCCGUCGGAAGUGGCCACCGCGGUCGCGUGGAAGGGGGCACCGGGGCUCCGGAUGGACCGCCGGCCAACGGUGUCUACGAUCGGUUCUUCAAUAGUCCGUUGCCAGUGGACUGGCGAAGGCCAAGGUCUGAUAUUUUCUUUCGUACAUUUGCACACCGUAUAUAAAAUAUAUCAUUUCCUAUAUUUUAUAUUCCCGACGAAACUCAACUAUAACAUUUUAUCCGACAGUUUUUAAAAAUUGUUCACAUUUCUCCGCCGUCGUCUCCUAUUUGCCUUGCACACCUCAUUCACGCCAGUGCAGUUUUUCGCGAACAAAAAUUAUUAUAUUAAAUUUAAACCGAAAUUUGCAUUUUGAUCGUUUUUGUUGUGCGCCGUUUUUGCAUCCAGCCGCCAAGCGGUCCAGUCCGCCGCGCCAUCCACACCGCCUAUACGGAAGCACCGUCUUCCGCCAUCAUAUCACGAAGAUUUCCGCCGCUUCAAAUGGACAAGGCCAGCAUGAGCGCGCUGUGCGCGUGCUUCAUGAUGCUGACGAUGGCGUCAGCCACUUCUUUGCAAGACUGCGAGGCUGACAUGACGGGGUUCGAGCUGGUUACCGGGUACGUGUUCACGGCACCCGAUGACUUGCUGGACAGCAUACCCGGCACGCUGAUGUUGACCGACUGCCUGGAGGCAUGCCAAACCAACGACACAUGCGAAUCGGUCAAUUACGAGACCGGUCUGUGCGUGAUGUUCUCGUCGAACGCCGACGCAUAUCCAGGAGCGUUGAGCAAGUCACAGUUUCCGGUGUUUACGAUAUACGCACAAAAGACAUGUUUGGGUAUAAAACCAUGUGAACGAGCCUGGUGUUUCGACCGAGUGCAGGGUUACAAGCUCAAAGGGUUUGGCAAGAAGAAGCUAGCCGCAACGUCGAGGCAAGACUGCUUGGAACUGUGUCUAGGCGAAAGAGAAUUUUCUUGUCGAUCGGCAAACUACAACAACGGUACGGCGGAAUGCGAUAUGUCUGACAUGGACAGGCUGACGGUGGCCGGUCAGGGGGCGUUCGAACCAGCUGCUGGCAUUGACUACUUGGAAAACAACUGCGUGGACGAGCCGGUCAAGCUGUGCGAGUUCAAAAAGUUCCCAGGCCGAAUACUGAAGACCGUCGAUUCCGUAUACCAGGACGUUGGUUCUCUGGAAGACUGUCGGGAACUGUGCCUCAACUCGCCGUACAGGUGUCAUUCGUACGAUUACGGCGAUACCGGCGAGCUCGUGUGCCGUCUCAGCCACCAUUCCAGGGCCACGUUGGCAGACAUACAGGACCCCUACUUAGAAGUUCCAGAAGCUUCCACUUAUGAGCUCAACUCUUGUUACAAUAUAAGCAUCGAGUGCCGUUCAGGAGACAUGGUAGCUAGGAUUAAGACCAGCAAAUUAUUCAAUGGCAAGAUAUAUGCGAAAGGAAAUCCAAACUCUUGUGUUCAAGAUGUACGCGGAAGUUUGGACUUCGAACUCGAAAUGGCUUACGACGAUGUGGAAUGUAACGUAAAACAACAAGGCCUAGGAAGAUAUAUGAAUGACGUAAUUAUCCAACACCACGACACCAUAAUCACCAGUUCCGAUCUUGGUGUGGCCAUCACGUGCCAAUACGACUUGACCAACAAAACAGUUUCGAAUGAAGUAGAUCUGGGCAUACAGGGCGAUUUGAAACCAGCCAUGACGGAGGAAGUUAUCGUGGACUCACCGAACGUCGCCAUGAAGAUUACAGACCGACAAGGGGCUGAUGUUAAACCUUCGGCCGAAGUGGGAGAUCCGCUGGCACUUCGAUUCGAAAUAUUGGACCCGAACAGCCCGUACGAAAUAUUUGUCAGAGAACUGGUAGCUAUGGAUGGUGUAGAUUCUAGUGAAAUCGUGCUGAUUGACGCUGAUGGAUGUCCGACCGACCACUUUAUCAUGGGCCCUCUUUACAAAUCAUCGGACUCAGGAAGCGGAAAGAUUCUCUUAUCAUACUUCGAUGCAUUUAAAUUCCCAUCAUCUGAAGUGGUCCAAUUCAGAGCCUUGGUCACUCCUUGUAUGCCCACCUGCGAACCCGUUCAGUGCGACCAAGAAGACGCUUCAGGAGAACUCAGAUCCGUACACUCGUUCGGAAAGAGGAGGCGGCGAAGGUCGACCAAGAAUACAUCAGAAGCUAGAGACGACAUGUUACUAGUGCAGAGCAUUCAAAUCACCGACAAAUUCGGAUUCGGCGCGCAACAGGCAUCGCCGGAAAUGAAUCCCACGGACACGACGGCUUUCAGCAUAAAGCACCACGACUACAACAUCGAUAGUUUAUGUGUUAAUUUGUUCGGUGUUAUAAUAUCGUGCCUAGUGUUUCUGACCGUUCAAGUUGCCGUGCUAAUAGCGUGGGCGUAUGUUUGGAACAAAAAGAGAAACGUCGACAAGUACCAUCAACAGGAUGGGCUGUCCGUGAGUAUGAGCAUACCGGUGGGACGGACGGACAGCAUGUGCAAGCUGUACGAUACGGGGUACGCAAAACGAUACUAAGUGAUCGACUUUAAAUGAUCCAUAAUGAGAUAGAUUGCCAUGACAGAUUUUUUAACCUAAAUUAGCUAGAUACAAUUAUACAAAUUACGAAUUUGUUAAUCAUAUUGAUAAACAAUCUUUUAAAAGUGACAUCGCGCUCAAAUAGCCUUAACGGUCAGAAUAAAUAAAAAAAAACUUUAGUAUUUAAAAGACCGUUAACUUAUAUAUAGGCUAGGCUGUUCGACUUUAAGUUUAAACGUUUUUAUCUGAUUAUAAUUGUAAUCAAAAAAAAAAAUAUAUUAAAGUUAAUUUUUCGAUCAUUUGUAAGAGAUAUAGGUAAUGAUUUAAAAUUUUAUUGCUAGAAAUUAUUUUAUAUAU